AAAAGCAAAGGGUGUGAAUAAGCAAGAAGAAGAAGAAGAAGAAGGCCGGUCAGCUGUUGGUGGUACAAGAUGGUGGCCUCCAGACUCGUCCCCUUGCUACGCGCCGCGGCCCUGCCCGCGCUGCGCCGCGGCCUGCACACCUCCACGCCAAGGGCCUCGGCGGACGCAUGGGCGUACCGGACAGCUCCUCCUGCGCCUUCCAAGUUCACUUUGGUCAAGGCGGAGGCGCUCAUGGCCUUCAUGUGGUGGUGGGUGUUGUAUCACCUCAUCACUGAGCCUGAGCACAUCACGGGUGAGUUUCCAUACCCUGACCCUUCCAAGUGGACCAAUGAGGAGCUGGGCAUCCCGGCAGACGAUGAGGACUGAGGACGCCAUCACCACCACCUCCUAGGCCAUCACCACCACCUCCUAGGCCAUCACCACCCCUUUACUAGGUUAGGGUCGGGGCCUGUCAGUGUCCAACUCAGGAGAUCUUGGAUGUCUGGGAGCUCAUUUUGGUCUGUCGAUUUGAUUUCGGGGAUGAACAUAUUCUGGGGAUGGACUGGUACGUUAUUUCACCUCAAGAUGUCAAUAUAUCAAAGAGCAGGCUUAAAGUUGGCUCUUUUUGUCACAUAGUUUCCAAAGAGCAGGCAGUUGAGGUGUGUAAUAGUGAGGUUCCAGUUUUAAGUUAUGAGUGAAUGAAAGUUAUGAACCCGUGUAAAUAAAAGCCUUUUGUGA